CGUUUCCUUGCGGAGGGAUCUGGGGUGUGGUAGGUGCAGCCGGGGCUCGUUUCCCGGCGGAGGGAACGGGAGGGGGCGGCGCUGCGGCCCUGCCUUGGCUCCGCGCGGGUCGGGGGAGGCGGCUCCGGACCCGCCGCUAUGGACGAGGCCUACGACGUCAUCGUGCUGGGCACCGGGCUGAGCGAAUGCAUCCUGUCGGGGAUCAUGUCGGUGAACGGGAAGAAGGUUCUGCACAUGGACCGGAACCCCUACUAUGGCGGGGAGAGCUCCUCCAUCACCCCCCUGGAGGAGCUGUAUAAACGCUUUGGGCUCCCUGAGGGGCCCCCUGAGUCCAUGGGGCGCGGCCGGGACUGGAAUGUCGACCUGAUCCCCAAAUUCCUCAUGGCUAAUGGCCAGCUGGUGAAGAUGCUGCUGUACACGGAGGUGACUCGGUACCUGGACUUCAAGGUGGUGGAGGGAAGCUUCGUCUACAGGGGGGGGCAGGUACACAAGGUGCCCUCCACUGAGACCGAGGCGCUGGCGUCCAAUCUCAUGGGAAUGUUUGAGAAGCGCCGGUUCCGGAAGUUCCUUGUCUUCGUGGCCAAUUUUGACGAGAACGAGCCCCAGACGCUGGAGGGGGUCGACCCCCAUGGGACCCCCAUGCGGGAUGUGUACGAGCGCUUCGACCUGGGGCAGGACGUGAUCGACUUCACGGGCCACGGGCUGGCAUUGUACCACACCGACGAUUACCUGGAUCAGCCUUGCCUAGAGACCAUUAACCGGAUCAAGCUGUACAGCGAGUCACUAGCUCGCUAUGGGAAGAGCCCCUACCUCUACCCGCUCUAUGGGCUGGGGGAGCUGCCCCAGGGGUUCGCCAGAGUCGCUAAACCCUGGGGGGGGGGGAGAGCGGGGCCUGGGCGUUCCCAGCUCUCUCCGGGCUCGGGGCGGGAGCUGAAUUCGUGUCCCCCCCAGGUGGCGCGGUGCAAACAGCUGAUCUGCGACCCCAGCUACGUGCCCGAGCGAGUUCGCGGGGCCGGCCGCGUUGUCCGUGUCAUCUGCAUCCUGAGCCACCCAAUCCAUGGGACCAGCGAGGCCAGCUCCUGCCAGAUCAUCCUGCCCCAGAACCAGCUGGGCCGCAAGUCGGAUAUCUACGUUUGUCUGGUUUCCUGGGCCCACAAUGUGGCUGCGCCCGGGAAGUUCAUUGCCAUUGUCAGCACCACGGUGGAGACGUCGGAGCCGGAGCGGGAGGUGGAGCCGGCGCUGCAGCUUCUGGAGCCCAUCGACCAGAAGUUUGUGGCCAUCAGUGACUUGUACGAGCCCAUGGAUGAUGGCACAGAGAGCCAGAUUUUCUGCUCCCGGUCGUAUGACGCCACCACCCACUUCGAGACGACCUGUGACGACAUCAAGGACAUUUACCGGCGCAUGAUCGGCGCCGCCUUUGACUUUGAGAGCAUGAAACGGCGCCAGAGCCACGUCUCCGGGGAGGAUGAGCAGUGACACCCCCCCGCCGGGGCCAGCUGGGACCUGCCCACCCCAGCACAGGGAUCAGCUGUGACUUCUCCCCCAUCUGCACCAGGACAAGUUCUCCCCCUCCCACUCCCCCCAGGCCAGCUGUGACUCUUCCCC